AUGAUUUCCACAUGCAACAGUAUUCCCAUAGGUCAGGCAGAAACCCGACAAAAAGAUGUCCGUGAAAUGGAGAUUAGAUCAGAUGGUCAGCAUAUAGACGAGAAAUAUAUAGCUGCUGGUGCUGCAGCCGACUCACAUCUAGAACUCGAUCAUUCUAAAAGAUUUUUCGAUUCCAAAGAAGAAAUCGCCAGACGCUUCGAACUCAGUUUUAUGGAAUACGGCUUAGACAAGUUACCACAGUAUGAAAAGCUAAAUCAGCGCCUCAGUCAAUUAAGUGACGCUGUUUCAGAAAAGGAAUUAAAAGAAAAACUCGUGCGACAAUCUCGGACUGAAGCCGAAAAAGUUCGGCUUUUCGUAGAGCAGGCCGUUUCGGAGGUGGAAAAGGUAGCCCAACAGCAGUUAUGUGAUGCAGCAAAACGCCUGGAAGCGGCCGAAAUUGCUCUUGCAACGCAGACUAAGCGGCUCCGUUGCAAACACGAAGAGGUCAUUAUGCGCAAUCCGAAUCAUGGAAACGAUAAAAAAGCCACUCAGGCGGUACGAAAAAAAUGA